AAAAUAGGUCCGGUUGGAUAUUUAGGUGAAAGGUCUCUGAGAUCCGCACUGAAGGUACUUUCUGUCCUUCUGCUCAGUUCCGAAGGAAACUCCUGCACAGACGGGAUAGUUUUAGGUCUUUUUUUACUUUUUAAUUAUUUAAACACACCUCCAGAAGCUUGUUAGCUAUGUCUAAACAAGCGCAGCCCAUAAGCCCAGGUAAAAAUUUCCUGGCCGGCGGGUUUGGAGGAGUGUGCCUGGUGUUCGCUGGUCACCCUUUGGACACCAUAAAGGUGCGUCUGCAGACUCAGCCCAAACCAGGACCAGGUCAGACGCCUCUCUAUGCCGGAACCUUCGACUGCUGCAAGAAAACCCUCGCCAAGGAGGGGGUUCGGGGUUUAUAUAAAGGCAUGGCCGCUCCCAUUAUCGGAGUCACUCCGAUGUUUGCUGUGUGUUUCUUCGGUUUCGGUCUCGGAAAGAAGCUGCAGCAGAAAAGCCCUGGUGACGUUCUCACAUAUCCUCAGCUGUUUGCGGCCGGUAUGCUUUCAGGUGUGUUCACCACAGCCAUCAUGGCUCCUGGAGAGAGAAUCAAAUGCCUGCUGCAGAUCCAGGCGAGUUCAGGAGAGAUUAAAUACGGCGGGCCCAUGGACUGUGUGAAGCAGAUCUACAGGGAAAGUGGGAUCAGAGGCGUCUAUAAAGGCACAGCGCUCACACUCAUGAGAGACGUUCCGGCCAGUGGGAUGUACUUCAUGACCUACGAGUGGCUGAAGAAGCUCCUCACUCCAGAGGGCAAAAGCCCGAAUGAACUGAGCGUGCCCAGUGUAUUGUUUGCUGGUGGCAUGGCGGGAAUCUUUAACUGGGCCGUCGCUAUUCCCCCUGAUGUCCUCAAAUCCCGAUUCCAGACAGCUCCGGAGGGGAAAUACCCUAACGGUUUCCGGGAUGUUCUGCGGGAGUUGAUCAGGGAGGAGGGCGUGGCCUCACUGUAUAAGGGCUUUACUGCAGUCAUGCUCCGAGCGUUCCCCGCCAAUGCUGCGUGUUUCCUCGGGUUCGAGUUGGCCAUGAAGUUCCUGAACUGGCUCGCACCAAACCUGUGAUUCAUAUGAGGGGGUUACUGAAGAAUGUGAAUUUACAACACACACACACACAAAUAAACACACACACACACACACACACAAAUAAACACACACAUGUCCAAUAUGACUUUAUUUUUAUUGUGUUUUUAUUUUAAGAGGAGUGAUUAUGUGCCUUAUUACACCCGGCUGUGACCUCAGUGUCUGCUCCUCAGGGAGUGAGUGUGAGUGUGUGUGUGUGUGUGUGUGAGUGUGUGUGUGUGUGUGUGUGUGUGUGUGUGUGUGUGUGUGUAUAUGUGUGUGUGUGUGUGUGUGUGUGUGUGUUAGUCCCAGUUUUGUUUAUGUAAAACACGUUAAUUAUUAAUAAUAACUAUACAUAAUAAUGAAUAAUAAUAAUAAUGAUGAUGAUGAUGAUGACGACAUUUUCUGAUCUGAUUCUGAUUAGUGUCUGUGUAAAUCUGCUGGAUGAAGUCAUGAAGUAUUUUUUGUUUAUUGUGUUUUUUUUGGUUAUGUAAAAUAAACAGAUUGUUUCAGA